AUGCUUGGACAGUUAAAAUUCUUAGAAACGUUGAAUCUCUCACAUAAUAAUCUAUCCGGUGUUAUUCACUUUAGUUAUGGUGAUUUGUUAGCCUUGGCAAACGUUGAUAUAUCAUACAACCAAUUGGAGGGUUCAAUUCCAAGCAUUCCAGCAUUCCAAAAAGUUUCAAUUGAAACAUUAAGAAAUAACAAAGGCUUGUGUGGUAGCGUCUCUGGCCUUAUGCCUUGCUCAACAUCAAGUGGAAAGGUUCAUGGUCAUAAGCCUAACAAACUUUUGGAUGUUAUUAGCAUCAUUUGCUUAUGGGCUCGCAUAUCAUCUCAAUCGAACUUCAAGCAAAAAAGAAUUCAAGGAUCAACAGAAGAGUUUCACAACAAGCAUCUCAUUGGGGUUGGAGGACAUGGAAGUGUUUACAAAGCAGAAUUGCCUACACGCCAAGUCGUAGUUGUGAAGAAAUUUCAUCCAAAACAAAAUGAAGAAAUAUCAAACCUAAAAGCAUUUGCUAGUGAGAUUCGCGUUUUGGCAGUGUUGGCUAGGAUAUUUGAGAGGGACUAA